ACGACAGCUAAACAAUACCGUUGUCACUUUUGAAGCUCCUGGUUUUGUGCGACCCACGGCCGUCACACCAACUCCUAGACGUAAAGCUAUUUCUUUCUGUUUGUUUAUUGGAAGUUUUGAAGCUUAAAAUUUCAGUAAGACUUACUCGCCAUACACUGAUCAUGUAAGUUGUAAAGUUUCGUUUUGUCUUGAUCUUAACCUUAAUUCACCACGCUACUUAGAUCCUUUGUAGUCCUCAGUAGUCUUCUCUCUAUUUGAUCAUCUUUAUUUUCAUUACAAUUUAGGAUAAAAGCUCUGCUACUUUCCGUCCAAACGUAAUGGACACUAAAAUUAUGGUCUUUUUGCCUGAGUCGCUCUCGACUUUUUGUGUGUAAUUAAAGAAGUUCCACAAAAGCUCUUAAGCCAAAAAUGAAACUUUGUCAUCUAACUGACGUUUGUUUAACAAUGCUUCUGUUAUUGUUCAGUCUUUUCAUUCAAUAUAAUUCAGUUCAUGGAAUUCAGUUGAAAGGCCACGAUGCAACUCAUGAUUAGAAACUCAUCCAUAUAACUAUCGUUUUGGUCAACAUUUUGUUCCGCUACAUGGAAAAAAUAUUCUGUUUUUCAGAGUUUGACUUUUGUUUCCAAUCAGUAUUUUCACUUCAAAGGCAGGAAAAUUUGUCCAACCAAUUUUAUUAUUACACUCAGUCGAAACUGCGGUGCGGAUUUUCACAGUAGAAUUCCACUUGAGUUCUACGUCACUAUAAUUAUAUAUAUUCAAACCACUUGCUGUUUCGUUGCUUAGAAAUGUUGCUUUUAGCAAUUAUAAAGACGGCUCGUCUCGCCGAAUUUUCUCAUUCAAGAUUAUUUGGAGGCUUCGUGAUCAACGGAUGCGUGAACGGUAUCUCGCUCACUUUUGUUUGCAAGAAAUCGUUGCGCAUGCCGUUAGGUGUUACGCAAAAAGGCAACUGACCAGUGGAAAUUAGAGGAAAGCCGUUUCACGUCACUAAACUUGUCUUCGUCUUGUUGCAUUUUUCAGGAAGUCAAUGUGUCUGUCUACCACCUUCAUCAUGUCACUAGCGACAGUAGUAAUUCUUUUUUGCACUGAGAGGCCGCUCGUCGCUGGUGAUCAGAAAAUCAAACCAAACGAAGGAACAGAAUAUGAAUAUAAAAUUUGCAAAUCUCGAUCAUAUGUUGAAUAUUUUUUAAAUCACAAUUGCCGAAAGAGGAGGAAAAGAAUUUUAACUGGUAGGUUUUUUUUACGCGUACGGUGAGUUAAGAAUGAAAUGAAAAUUACAUAUUCAAUUUACUCGCUUAUGGCCUCUUUACUCUGUUUUUGUGCAGAUCAGAAUUUUUUACAACCUCCAGAAAAGGCACGAAGUUUUCUUCGAAAAUCUACCAUCACAUAUGUUACAAAUUAUCCAUUGUUUUAUGAAGAAUGCUGCAUAGAGGGAUGUCGAAAAGAAGAAGUCUGGGAGCAUUGUGUAGUUUCAUAUAAAUAAAUUAAAAACAAACAAAAAAAUAUAAGCAAAUACCGUAUUUCCUCGAAUAAUAGCCGGGGGCGAUUAUUUCUUUUUUGGCGCCAAAAGGGGGCGAUUGUUCGAGGGAAGGCGAUUAUUUUCAGAUAUUGUUCACUGGAAGUCGUGCCCUAAAUACUUUGUUCUAUUUUUCCAUUAAAUCAGAAAAUAAUCACACCAAAGAAACUCAACAUAGGCUAUUUAAGUGUUCCAAAUUUGGUUCCUUGAUUAAUUUUCAUUGUCAAUAUCCUCGGCGACGUCACUGAUCAGUCAGUUUGCUGGACCAGACUCCAGGGUAUCGAUAGUGAGUUACGUACUGUGGUGGGAGGCGGGGGAGCGAUUAUUCGAGAAAGAAGAUUAUUUUAAACAUUUCCGUCAAGG